UGUUUUGAGCGGGUGGGGGAGGAGUCAAAUUCAUCUCACGCCGAGGCUUUCCUUCAGUCGCCUCAGGAAAGAUGGGUGGGAUGUGUACUAUUGGGCAACAAGUGGAACCCGGGAGGACUACAUACACGUCAGGAUGGCAGCGAAAAGACCCAACUAACUGAAGUGCAAUCGUGACCACUUUUUUUUUUUUUUGUACUGUAUUACCUCCCUCCUCCAUGUCAGCCUCUUUCCUAUUCCUACGCCUACGCCUGUUUUUUUUUUUUUUCUCCCCCUCCAAGGCAGACACUUAGCAAGGUGGCAGCGCGAACGUGAGAAUGCAUUGGCCCCUUUCCUAGGUCAGGAGAGAAGAGCUUCGUCCCAGAUUAGUGGGGCCCGGAUUUCUCGCAGCGAGAAUCAUCUCUCCUCCUCCUUCUCCUCCUGCGGCAGAAAGUUCCCCUCCCUUUCCUUCCUGGAAAAAAAAAAGGGAAAUAAAUGACCAAACAUACAAAAAAAAAAUCUCCAUGAAAUCUCGCCUUUAGGAGAAGGCAACCGGGGCACUUCCUGGGCGGAGGGAAUACCCCUCCCGCGUGCAGCUCCGUCUUCUUUUCCCUCGUAGGCAGUAGGAGUUGGGGCAUGAGCCCCCUCGCCGGGCACGUUUGGCGAUGGAUUCCCACACCGCCAAAUACCUGGGCUGCUUUUUCUGGCCGCUGGUCGUCUGUCUGCCGCUGGCCCAAGAUAUUUUGACAAAGCUGACAAAAAUGGAAGCAUGUUCAAUUCUGUUAUAGAUCUUGCAAAAAAUCACAUGGGAAUACAAGGCACUGAUUGCAAACCUGGUUGUCAUCCAGUGAAUGGAUUUUGUGAGGUUUCCAAUGAAUGCAGAUGUCGACAUGGUUGGCAAGGCCCCCUCUGUGAUCAGUGUGUUCCUUUCUCUGGCUGUUUGCAUGGGAAAUGUGUCAAACCAGGCCAGUGCAUGUGUGAAGAAGGAUGGAUUGGUAGCCACUGUGACACAGUUGUUCAUCCUUGUUCUUCCAAGCCUUGUUCAAAUUACUCAAAGAAUUGUGUCGAGACUGGAAAUGGUAGAUACACUUGCUUGUGCGCUCAAGGCUAUAUGGGAAAAAACUGUCACAUGAAAAAGGGACCCUGUAUUGUUAAUGGCUCACCUUGUCAAAAUGGAGGAAGUUGUUUGGACAAUGAUGGGUUUGCACCUUACGCAUCUUGCAUGUGCUCUCCAGGAUUUACUGGACAGUUUUGUGAACGUGAUAUUGAUGACUGUGAACCAAACCCAUGUGAAAAUGGAGGCACAUGCACAGAUAUUGGAAAGAGUUUCCACUGCUCUUGUCCUAUUGGCUAUGAAGGUGUGUUGUGCAGUAACCGCAUCCCAGCUUGUGAUAGUAGCCCUUGUGAAAAUGGUGGGACAUGUCAUGGACACCGUGGCAGAGGCUUCAUGUGUAUUUGCAAACCAUACUUUGUUGGGGCCACCUGUAGUUUUUCCACUAGAAACACAAGUGUGUAUGUGGUGGCUAAACAGAGACGGAAUCAGAAUCACCACCUGCAUUUAAGAGGACACCGUAAACCAGCUCAGCAGCAAGAGAAGGAAAUACUGACCAUAAAAGAGACAAUUGAAAAUAGGCAGUCCUUGCUCACUAAGAGUCAGGUGAUCUGCUUCAUGAUCCUAAGCUUUCUUACAUGUCUUGUUGUUUUGGGUACAACUGGGAUUAUAUUUUUCUCUAAAUUUGAAGUAUGGCUAGCCAAUGCCAGAUAUAGCCAUUUACUGCGCAAGGAGAGAGAUUUCUUUCUAAAAGCAAAUGAUGAUGAAAAUGUUUCUGUGAAUAUAAUAUUUCCUGAGAAGAUUAAUCAAGAUAAUGAAUAGUCAGUGUACCUAAAUUCUUUUAUUUAGCAAGGACACCUAAAGCUUCAUUUGUGUCAGGGAGAUAGAUGCCUUUUUAUUUUUAUUUGUGACACAAAUUCUGGCUUUGGAACCAGUUGACAAAGAAGAAAGAUGCUCUGUUUUUGCCAGAUAAAUACUCAUUUCCCAAACAUGUUUUCUAAUUAAAUUAUUUUGUGAACCAGAGUUGCAUAAACUAUUGGGGACUGAAGGCUACGUUUGAGCCCUUGAGUGGAAAGCUAGGAAUGCAAAACAGAAGUAGCAGAGCCUGGCCAAUUCUUUUUAAAAAAUUAAGUUUUAGUUUACUUAGUUAAUUAACUAUAAUAUGAUUACUCCUCAUGCAUUUCAUAUUUUUUCCAUUCUCUAACAUUUUAAAUUCAGCAGCAGCUUGUUUAGGGGCUGUGAAGAUCAUACCAGGGCUUUGAGGGAAGGGAUAUUACAUGCCAAAGUUUACAGAUCUAUGACACUUAAUUUGGGUUGUAAUCCUAUAUUAUAUACCUGGAAGUAAGUUCCAACAUACUUUGUGGGGUUUGCUUCUGAACAGGCACAUGCGCCACUGAAUUAUUGUUAUUGUAAAUAAAAAGUCAAUACAAUAUUCUUAAUUAAGAUAGCUAUUGUCAUAUUAUGUUUGACAACUGUGAUAUUUCUAAAUUAAUUUCUAAUGCUUAUUUUGAAUAAAUAGAUAUUAAGGGCUACACUGA